CUGCACUUUCGUCCUCGCAGAAUCAUCGUGACAGCAUAUGAUAUCGCCUUGGCGGUGGCAAGACCUGUGCCUCAAGAAACCCGUAACUUUUGGCUUAUUAUAAUAGAUUUUCAAGCAAUUGGUAGGCUCUUAAGGAAGGGACGUCGGUGUCGUCAGGUUUUGGGAGUCGGUUGCAGACCUCCUGCUUUGAAUUCAUCACCAUCAUACCAGAGUAUUAGCAUUUAACUAUCUCCCUUCUUUGCGACUCAACUUGACUGUUGUCUGAAAGGGCCACCAAGAUGAUUCCCAUCCGGACUCGUGGUGGCGCAUCGCCGAGAUCCAGCAGACAAGCCGUCGCGGACGCUCCGGCAUCCAGAGUUGUGCCAAAGCCGGUUCCUGCGAAGCAAGCCAGAGAUGCAAGGGCUUAUCAGCUCGAGCAGCUCAGACGCCGUUACUCCCCGACGGAAACGGAGCUCGAUAGCGGAGAAGUCUCCCUUCUGUUUAACCUGACCCCAUCCGAUCCCGACUUCCCCUUUGACCUUCACCAUCUGGAAUGCAACCUUCGGGUGCCAGCAGCAUAUCCGAGGCAGCCGGCUCGGCUUCAGGUCAAGAACAAGGACAUCCCCCGCGGCUUCGCCAUCAAUAUCGAGAAGGGUUGGGACCGGCUGGUUCAGGAGAAGCGAGGCGCGACCCUGCUUGCCCUGACGAACGCUCUUGACAGGAAUUUGGAAUCGUUUUUGUCGGAACAAAAGGCCGAGACCCUGAAGUUGACGAUCUUCAAAGACACACCGCAUACAGAUAGUUUACCAUCGACACAGACAGCGGAACAGCCUCCUGGGCCGACUGCCAAGCCGUCCGCUGUGGCUCGAAUAUACGUCCCGGAGGAAUCCUACACUCGGGACCAGAUCGCGGAAGCCAAGGCACGACGCGCUCAGGAGGUGAGGCAGCUCGAGGCCCGCAUGAGCCGACUCCCUUCCUACCAGAAAUCCAGCGACGGCAUCAUCUACACAUUGCCCCUGGAACCGAGGCGAAGAGACAGUCUUCCUGUUGGCCUUCAGUCAUGCCGAUCCAUCCAGCUCAUCAUCCCCCUACUCUACCCUCUGCAAUCCCUUCGCAUCCUCCUGAAUGAUGUGGAGUCCAAAGAUGCCGAGCCAGUGGAGGAGAUCUUCACACGGAAAGCGGCAGAGCAAAAGCAAAUGUCCCUGAUGAGCCAUCUGAACUACCUCGCCCAGAAUUUGCAUGUGCUGGCAAAGCAGGGCCACCCGCCGACUGCGACGAGUACGGCCACUGCUGAAGUGCCAGACGGCGUGGCAGACCACGAAGCAAAGGAGGCCGGACACUCGUCAUCGUUGGAAACGGGGAGAAACCAUGUUCAUGUCGUCCCACGGCCGCCGGAAUGGUCCUUUGAUGAUGGAACCGAUGGAUCCGACGAGGGAGACUCGUACGAUGAAGAGGAUGAUGAGGAUGAUGAUGACGAUGGGGGAGAUGGAGCCGUGACGAUGGAGCUCCGGAAGAAUGAUGGUCUGAGCCUGCCUACGCAAACACCGGAGCUGGGGACCGCACUGUCUUUCCCUUCUAUUGAGCUAUACGGCGUCGAGCUGCUCCAGCUUUCCGUCCUCAAUCUCAACGUCAAAUGCGAUCGAUGCAAGACACUGAACGAGAUUACCGGCCUGAGAGACAACCUGGGAAAGCCAAACAGCUGCAAGAAAUGCGCGACCCCUUUUACCGUCCGCUUCCGCCAGGAGCUUAUCCACCAGAACUCAACCCGCGCGGGCUUCAUCGACGCCAGCGCUUGCACCGUAGCAGAUCUUCUUCCAAGUACGUUCAUCCCAACUUGCGCCAAAUGCUCCACGCCGUUCAGCACGGGCCUCGUCUCGGUCCGCGGCGAGACGACAACCAACGUCUGCCGCGAGUGCCACGCCCGCUUCACCUUCAAGAUCCCGGACGUGAAAUUCCUCGCCUACGCCCCGGGGAUGCACCACGCCUCCCGACUCCCGCCCACGGCGGGGCCGCGCCGCAAGCAGGAGAAGCUCGGCCUCCACGCGGGCGAGCCGCUGCCCAGCCGGGGCGCGUGUGAGCACUACCGGCGCAGCUACCGCUGGUUCCGCUUCUCGUGCUGCGCCAAGGUCUAUCCGUGCGACAAGUGCCACGACGCCGCCGAGGAGCACGUCAAUGAGUGGGCGAAUCGCAUGGUGUGUGGCUGGUGCUCACGGGAGCAGAGGUAUAGCGUGGAGAGUUGUGCUUUCUGUGGGAGGAGCGUCAUUGGGAAGCGAGGAAAGGGAUUCUGGGAGGGUGGCAAGGGAACGAGGGACCAGAGGCUGAUGCGGAGGAACGAUAAGAGGAAGUACAGACGGCUAGGGCCGGCGAAGAAGGACGAGUGACGGCUGACCAGCCUUUCAACCUGGAAGAAAUUGAACGCUGUAAGACUAGUGUAACGUGGCCUCAUAUUAGUACGUCAGAUGACUCCAACGAAAGCCUUGAUACACACUCGCAGAUCACAUCAAUGGGAGGCGUCUCAGCUGCCAGGUUGCAAUGACUUCCAC